AUGCAUGAUCUUUUUGAAGAACAAUUUCAUAAUAAUAUUGCUCGAUUACUCGCUCAUUUUCCUCCUGAUCAUGUGACUCACACUGGUCAACGGUUUUGGAUCGAACAUAAAAUGUGUCCAUAUGUACUUCAAUCUGAUUCAAGCAACAAAACUCAUCUUGAUUUUAUUGUGGCGGCAUCGAACUUGAUAGCCUAUGUUUAUGAUAUUUCGAAGAUUGUUGAUCGACAUGAGAUUAUUCAACAAUUCAAUCAAAAUCCAAUGAUUAAAUUCCAAGUGAAAACUACUGUUACAAAUGAUGAUGAUGAUGAUUUAAAGUCUAAUACAUGUGGUGGAUUUGAAGGUGAAACCGUGUCCAAAAUUGAUGCUAUUCUUUCUCAGCUGCCCAAAGUUGACGAAUUACUCAAUUUAAAAGUUCAACCACAUGACUUGAAACUAGAGGAUGAUUUUAACUUUCAAUUAGACUAUCAUGUAGCUGUCACUAAUCUGCGUGCAGAAAAUUAUGGCAUCGAAACAGUUGAACGAAUCGAAGUAAGUAUAUCACAUAAAUUUGAACCGAAAAUUCUAUAUGCAAGCAAGAGUAGAUGGCCAUAG